AUGGUAUUCUUAGGCAUAACCCAAAAGAUCAGCGAUCUCCAGUCCUCAUACAACACUGCCCGUGAUUGGAAGAGGAACACUGGGGCAGGGAUUCUCAAAAGUGAUGGAGUCAAUGGUGUCAAGACUGUUGAAACCAAGUCCACUUCUUAUGCCGAUACUGGGACAUUCUUGAUCCAGUUAUGGGAUCAAGAAGGCCAGGCCAACGACUCAACCAGUGGCUCUACAGUCAAUAAUCAAUCAAACCUCCCGAGCAGUGGUAGAGAUGCAACUUGCUCGGACGAUGAAGCUGGCCAGGAAACAAUCACUCAAACUCCGACUCCUGCAGCUACAGCCUCAACUACUCAAGUAACGACUCAAAAGAAAAAGAAAAAGAAGAAGAAAUCAACCACUCCCUUGAGCAAGAGAAACGGAAAGGGAAGAAAGAAAACAAACCCGGAGGAUUUCUACAUGAAAUCAGUCAUAACCAAGAGGCAGGCCGAAAUGACAAAGGCUCAAGCCGCAGCAACACAGGCAAAAGUAAGCUACAUGAAGGAGUUAAGAGAGCUUGGCCUUGAAUAUCAAGAGAUCAAACAGCUUGUUGAUGAAGAGUUCCCUACCAUUCCUGACAUGCUGGCCGAUUCUGAAGAGGAUGAAUCAGACUCCGAUGAAGAUAGUUUGUAG